AUGCAUCUAAUGAAUACACCGUGUUCAGUUGAAGGCGUUGUAGCGCCCACGAAUCAUGUAGCCACAAUAGAAAUGGGAACUAACGUUGUAGGAGGUGUCAGCCGCACACCGAACGCUUUAUUGGAUGCCAGUCAUGUUUAUUACGAAUGGGAAUUUUGGCUACACUUUAUCAAUUGGGAAGUGGAGAAUGGAUAUCGUGCCUCAAAAGAACAAAAUAAAGAAGGAACGUCGCGCCGUCGCCCAUCUUUCAUAAGCCAUCAAGGUUCACUAUAUGUCAAGAUUAAAAAACCAGUGCAGGUUCACUAUUGCUUCAGUACAAUGAAAGACUGCCAUAGGCCAAACGAUCAAGAUGUUAAUAACAGCCGCACAGCAGCUAUGCUUUUUACGGGUUUAUGUAUUAUGUACCUUUUUAAUUUAAGUUUAUAAUAGUGUAGGCCUAUAGGGGAGUC